AUGGCCGACUCAAACACCAAUGUCNCCCCUCCGCCCCACACCAUCUUCGACACCAUCUUGGUGCUCGACUUCGGAUCGCAAUACACCCACCUGAUCACCCGCCGUCUGCGCGAGCUCAGCAUCUACUCUGAGAUGCUUCCCUGCACUCAGAAGAUCUCCGAGCUCUCAUUCAAGCCCAAGGGUAUCAUUCUUUCUGGUGGUCCUUACUCUGUCUACUGGGAUGACGCGCCCCACGUCGACCCCGCCGUCUUCGAGCUGGGUGUCCCAAUUCUCGGUAUUUGCUACGGUCUCCAGGAGAUCGCAUGGCACAGUGACCAGAAGAACGUCGUUGCCGGCGAGAAGCGCGAGUACGGCCACGCCAUCCUGAACGUUCACAAGCACUCUGGCAAGACUGCUCACGUCGAUGCUCUCUUCGCUGGUCUCGAGGACGACAUGGACGUCUGGAUGUCCCACGGGGACAAGCUCUCCCAGCGCCCUACAGGCUUCGUCACCGUCGCCGCCUCCGAGAACGCACCUUUCGCUGGUAUCGCCCACGAGGACAAGGAGUGGUUCGGUAUUCAAUUCCACCCCGAGGUCACCCACACCAAGAAGGGCACGCCGCUCAUCAAGAACUUUGCCGCCAACAUUUGCGGUGCCAAGCAAGAUUGGACCAUGGACGCCUUCGUUGGCAAGGAAAUCGACAGAAUUAGAGCUCUCGUUGGCCCUAAGGGACAAGUCAUUGGUGCCGUCAGUGGUGGUGUUGACUCCACUGUUGCCGCAAAGCUCAUGCACGAGGCUAUCGGUGACAGAUUCCACGCCAUCAUGGUCGACAACGGUGUCUUGCGUCUCAACGAGGCUAAGCAGGUCAAGGAGACUCUUACUGCUGGACUCGGCAUCAACCUUACCGUCAUCGAUGCUAGCGACCGCUUCCUCGACCUGCUCGCAGGUGUCAAGGAUGACCCCGAGAAGAAGCGCAAGAUUAUUGGAAACACUUUCAUCGAGAUCUUUCAGGAGAAGGCAAAGGAGAUUGCUGCCGCUGCUCACGGCUCGGCCAACGAGGGUGAGAUUGAGUGGCUCCUCCAGGGCACUCUCUACCCAGACGUUAUCGAGAGUAUCUCAUUCAAGGGCCCCAGCGCUACCAUCAAGACUCACCACAACGUUGGUGGUCUCCUCGAGGGCAUGCACUUGAAGCUCAUUGAGCCUCUGAGAGAGCUCUUCAAGGACGAGGUUCGCGCUCUUGGUACCCAACUCGGCAUUCCGGAGGAUCUUGUCUGGAGACACCCCUUCCCUGGUCCGGGUCUUGCCAUCCGUAUCAUUGGAGAGGUCACUCGUGACCAGGUCCGCAUUGCCCAGCAGGCCGACUACAUCUUCAUCGAUGAGAUCAAGAAGGCUGGCUACUACAAGCAGAUCAGUCAGGCAUACGCUGCUCUCCUGCCUGUCAAGGCCGUCGGUGUCAUGGGUGACAAGAGAGUCCACGCUCAAGUCAUUGCUUUGAGAGCCGUCGAGACCACCGACUUCAUGACUGCCGACGUUUUCGACUUCCCCACCAAGUUCUUGAGCAAGGUCAGCACUCGCAUUGUCAACGAGGUCGAUGGUGUGUGUCGCGUGCUGUACGAGGGUGAGUCACCAUAA